AUGGCAUCACUACUCACCAUACCGCUGGAAUUGCUGGUCGCGGUAUCAGAAUACCUUCCUACUGAAGAUCUUGGUUCACUGCGUCUUGUAUGCAAACAAACCGAGAAGUCGCUAUAUGAAUGGUUUUCCAAAGAGUUCUUCUUCAAGAAGCAGUUCAUGCUCACGCACAAGAGCCUGCAAGCGCUCACCGACAUAUCCAAGCAUGCCAGUCUUUCCAAGAAGCUGGUACACAUCAUCAUUGCCACCAACGUCUACAGCGAGAUACCACUACGCUUCAGGGACGACGAUGCCGCUACACGCUACAUUCAGGGCUACGAGGACCAGAAAGCGCUUUUGGGUACUGGGAUCGACCGCGAGAUGCUUACGGAAGCUUUCGAGCGUCUCGAGAACCUCACCACCGUCGGGAUCCGCGACUUCAACGCAGGCAAUCGAGUUCGUGACGGCAAGAGCUGGAGCUCCUGGGGCGCAACCACCGUCCAUCGUGAGACCGGUAUUGAGCUACGGUUCGCCGAUCGCGAUUCCUUCGGACAGGAUGUCGGCACUCGUUUCACGUCUCGCGUCUUCUCCAGCGUGCUGUACGCUUUGGGCAAGGCCAACCGACGACCUACUGAGUUUGAGGUGCUGCUUCGUCAGCGCGGCCUGCCCGACACGGCAUUCUUUCUUCCAGACUACAUCCGACCUACAGUGGAGCCCAUACUGCAGAACACAAGCACGUUACUCUUGAACGUGGACCUCAAGCCUCGUUACCUGCACACCCACAGCAACGGAACGUCAGUGGAUCCAAACGCGGGACGCUCGCUUCGGCGCUUCCUCCAUUUCACUCCCAACCUCGUUCAUCUUCGCCUGAACUUUGAGAAACAUCUGGUGGCCAAUAACGAGGACUUUCUGCAGUGGUUGGCUACUCCGAAACCCACUACCAGCUCAAAUACAGCGACCUUUCUUGACCCAGCCCCAGUUGCUCUACCGCUCUUAAAGAACCUCGAGCUUGGUCAGCUAAGCGCUCGGGCUGAUAUUCUGUUCGACUUUAUCUCCAAGUUCGCGCCGACUCUGGAAGAUCUGAGCCUAUGGAGGAUGAACAUCCCCGCUGUAGUCGCUCCACCUCACGGACACAAGCCCAACUUCUGGCGCGACUUCUUCCGCAAGCUGUCCAAAACGCCGCGGCUUGCUCUUACUCAUCUUAAAGUCGGCAUGUUGCAGCAAGAUCACAUGUAUGUGACUUUCAAGAGCGAUGAUGCAAACAACAAUUCGAACACCCCAGUCCCAGUGAAGAAGGUGAAGGAGUACGCUGGAGCAGACAUGGACAAGUUUUGGGAGGAAUUACAGGAAGAGGUGAACGUGGAUUGGCCGGCGACGGUACCCGUGGGUCUUGACGCAAGCGAAGACGAUAGCGAAGACGAAGACGAAGAGAUGGACGAUGACGAAGAUGAUGAUGAGGAUGAUAGCGAUGAGUGA